AAUAUUAGGGCUGGAAAACCUUUCAUAGUUUUACUAACAUAAAAAAACCUGCUGUUUUGCUGAGCCUGAGUCUUUAUAUGUUACAUCCAUGGUUGUUAUUAACCUUUACAUUUGUGGUUUAUUUUUUAUUUUUUAUUUCAGACGCUAGUCUUCUUACCAUGGGGGAUUGGAACUUAUUGGGUGGCGUUCUAGAGGAAGUUCACUCUCACUCAACCAUAGUGGGGAAAAUCUGGCUGACCAUCCUCUUCAUUUUCCGAAUGCUGGUACUUGGUGUGGCUGCUGAAGAUGUCUGGGAUGAUGAACAGUCAGCAUUUGCCUGCAACACCCAGCAGCCAGGUUGCAAUAAUAUCUGUUAUGAUGAUGCUUUCCCUAUCUCUUUGAUCAGGUUCUGGGUCUUACAGAUCAUCUUCGUGUCUUCUCCCUCUCUGGUGUAUAUGGGCCAUGCCCUUUAUAGACUCAGGGCCUUUGAAAAGGAGAGGCAGAGGAAAAAGUCACACCUUAGAGCCCACAUGGAGAAUCCGGGGCUUGAAUUGGAGGAGCAACAAAGGAUAGAUAGACAACUGAGGAGGUUAGAAGAACAGAGGAGGAUCCAUAAAGUCCCUCUGAAAGGCUGUCUGCUGCGUACUUAUGUCUUACACAUCUUGAUAAGAUCUGUGCUGGAAGUAGGGUUUAUGAUAGGCCAGUAUGUUCUCUAUGGGUUUCACAUGCACUCCCUCUACAAAUGCACUCAACCUCCAUGCCCCAAUGCAGUGGAUUGCUUUGUAUCCAGGCCCACAGAGAAGACCAUUUUCAUGCUCUUUAUGCACAGCAUUGCAGCCAUCUCUUUGUUCCUUAAUGUACUAGAAAUAUUCCAUCUUGGGAUCAGGAAAAUCAUGAGGGCACUUCAUGACAAGUCAGGCAAUGAGGGCGUUGAGGAUGAAAGGGGCCCUCCAUUUCAUUUGAAAAAAUAUUCAGUGCCCCAGCAGUGUAUGAUUUGCUCCCCCUUGUCUGAAAGAAUCUCUGUACUCCAAGACAAUAAUCAGCGACAAGUCACCCAGGUGACUGUGCCGAAGUCUAAAACCUUGUGGCAAAUCCCACAGGCCAGGCAACUUGAGGUAGACACGUGGGGUGGUAAAAAUGACUGGGCUGAGAAGGAUCAGCACAGCGGACAGCUCCACGUCCACAGCCCGUGUCCCUGGGAUGACUGCGUUAGAAUUCAGCACCCGGGACAGCAACCAGAUCAUUCCUCCUUUGGCGCACAGAAUGCAAGGUCCCAGUCCUGGCUAGGUAUGCCGACGGCUCCAAGGCACUGUCCAUCCUAUGCAAUAGGAAACCGGGGGCAGUCCCAGGACUCGCAGCCCUCAGGGGAGCCUCUCACAGAUUUGCACAGUCACUUCAGAGACAGCAAUGGCAGCCUGAGAGAGAGUGGGGUCUGGACAGACAGACCUCGCUCGGGCAGUCGAAAGGCCAGCUUUCUGUCCAGAUUGCUGUCUGAAAAAGGAGAGCCUCACAGUGACUCAGGAAGUUCCAGUACUCGGCAUAGCUCUUGCUUAGACUCUCCAUACCAGGAAAACAGCCCCUCGCUUCUGCCUUCAGCCACUGGGCACAGAACCUCAAUGAACAUGCUUCUAGAACUUUCAUCUGUUAUGAAAAAAUAAUGCAUGCCUCGGGCCAGAAAACAGGACCUUGAAGCAACUGGCGCCUGCAGCAGAAAAGUUGUACCUGGUCAGCUUACCCCGAGGGAAGAACUCCAGGAACCGUCCCCUCCAUAGAAACACACACCCAGCGAUGGGUGUGUGCAGGGUGCUCCCAGCUGGGCUCACCCCACACAAGAGGCCCCUCCCUGGUGGGGCUGGGGCCAGCCCCGCACAGCCCUGGUUGGCCUCACUGUCUCACUGUCUGCGGCAGGUUCUGUGCGCAGGCAGGGAUCAGGCAGGGAGGAAGUGGGCACCAUCGGAAGAGUCUAGGAGUAAGAGCUGCUGUCAUCCUGAGGGGAGAAGGAUUGGGAUGCAGCUACCUGUUUCCUACCCAGCAGCCCAAGGGGACAUGUUGCUGAGAGGCCACUGGAGCUCUGCUGCGGUGGCAGCAGCAACAGUUUGGACACUUGAGCACAGGUCCAGAGCAGGCCAGGAACGUCCUGUCUGUGAAGGAGACGUUGAAGAGAAACUUUUAUUUUUUUCCCUUUCAUUAGUUCAUCUCUUAGGGAUGAACCAGAUGGAUUUUUGUCCAUAAAGGUCAUGACAUAAGAUACUGAUUAGCCCUAGCCUGUGUGGCUCCGUUGGUUGGGUGUCAUCCUGCAAA